ACAGAGGUUCCGUUCACAUGGGCUCCGUCGGGCCCGGGUACAUGGAUCGAACCCCCCUGCAAUCGCCGUUGGAGGGUCGCAUCCACCGGGGAUAGAGGAUUUGAGAGAUGAAACAAUGGGGUUCUGGCACAACAGAAAUGAAGAAGUUAAUCUGGCGACACUGAAAUCAAGGAAUGGGGCGAUUUCAGCUACAGAGGACGCCUACUUCAGAGACGGUGGGCGAGCAUUCACGUUGAGCGGUGGCAAGAAAAGAAAAGAUAGGGGGGCGGCAGUUCAGCCCUGUCCCGCCCUGCCGGAUAAGGAAGGUUCUGGUCAAAGCUUCCACGGGGCAGGGUACGUGCCUUAAGAGACUCUGGGCCGUUGCACAGAAUGAUCGGAGCAAAUACCCCACAAUGCAGGGAUUGGGCGUCGAUUGAGAUGCUCACCGCCCGGCAGAAGGAGUCUCGUUCCGGGUUUUUUUUUUUGGUCUUUCCACCAACGAAAUGAUCAACGCCUGGGAGGAGCAAACUGAAAAAAGUCAACCACCUACCAAAUUUCCAAGUGCACCUUGCUCGAACCACAACUUUUCGAAAAACCUAGGAAAGCUGCCCGAGCAGGUCCAAUUGGUUGACGAUGGCGUCUGGAGAAGACCAGGUGCCCCUCAACCCCGAGUUGUCAAGUCUUCAGGAGAGAGAGCUCCAGCGCAAGGCCUCCAAGAAAGAGAAGAAGCAGCUCAAAGCUCAGGCCAAGCGCGACCGCAAGGCCAACGUCUCCUCCGUCGCGAAAUGGGACGUAACGCGCAAGCAAGCCGACGCGGCCAGGAAGGCAGAGCGCCGCGGCAAAAAGGACGAGAAGCGGUUCAACCGCAUGUUGAAGCACGCUGAGAAGCUUGAGGCGCAGGCCAAAAAGUUUUUGGCCGAGGCUUCGCGCACGCGCGAAAAGCAUGCCAUCAUGGCCAAGAAGAGGGCGAAGGACGCUACCGAGGAAGAGCCUGAACUUAAGAUCUACGACGACGAAAGCGACUCAGACUCAUCGUCAUCGUCAUCAUCGUCAUCGGGCUCGGAUUCGGAGGUGGAAUCAGAACAGGGCGGCGCGCCCGUUGAGGUCAAGGACGUCGAAAUAAAGUCCGAAUCUCCAAACCCCAGCGCCCAACUACGCGCCGAAAGCGAGGCCAGAGCGGCGAGCGACGAACAGCGUGUCGAGUCCGAUGGCGAGGAGAAGCCCAAGAAGUCGAAGAAGAGCAAAAAGAUGGAAGAGGAGGUCGAGGAAGCAACGGUCACCAAGAAGGAAAAGAAGGAAAAGAAGGAAAAGAAGGAAAAGAAGGAAAAGAAGGAAAAGAAAAAGAAGUUCAAGGCCGAGGAACCUGCUGCCGUCAAGCAUGAGGAAACGGUCCCGGCCGGGGAGACCCCCACGAAGAAGGAGAACAAGGACAAGAAGAAGAGCAAGAAGCCUAAGGCCGCGGAGGAGGCCGAGGCCGAGGGGCAGGAGACCUCCAAGAGGUCGGACAAGAAGCGCAAGCGCUCGGCGGACGAGGACGACGAGUCCGAAGGUGGCGCUGCAAUUGCCGACGAGACCCCCAGCAAGAAGGCCAAGGACAAGAAGAAGAAGAAGCACAAGAGGGAGGAGGCGGAGGAGGAGACUCCGGCAGCCAAUGCAGCGGCGGAGCAGUGGGACGUCGAGCACCUCCAAGGCGGUAUGGACCGCCAGCAGAAAUUUAUGCGCCUUCUUGGCGGCGGUAAGAAGGGUGCCGCUGCGGCUGGCGCCCCGGCCGCCGGCGGCUCCAAGGGCAAGCGUGACAUCGGCAAGAUCACGCAGGAGCUCGAGAAGCAGUUUCAAGCUGGGGUGCAGAUGAAAUAUGAGGGUGGUGGCCAACGUCGCGGUCUCGGCGCGUAAGAUGAUGCUGCUUCUAGGACGGGGAAGAAGAAGCGGAACUUGAAGCCAAGAAUCGGGUAGAAGCAGAAUGACACCCUUGUGUAGUAUUUCGUUGGUGAGUUGCUGUAGCUCAGGCGUUCACGAGCGCAAAUCGGGGGACGAGAUUCACGGACCGGGAGACUGGGGUUCAAAAGUAUUGCUCUGC